GUGUCGUCGUUUGAUGGUGCGUGAAAGACAUGGGACUUGGCCGUCAGGCCGCUUAGGACAUUUCGUGAAACCGCUCUCUCUCUCAGAACAACCCGACAAGCCUUCAGAUCCGUACACACACGCAUCAGGUCAUCCUGCUGAUUUGAGCGGGGAGUGGCGUCGUGCUGCUGAUGGGUGGCUUGUGUGAAUUGUGGAAGAAGACCUGCACACACACCGAUGGAUGGAUGGAUAGAUGUGUGUCAGACUCUCUGUCUGGCUGGCUGUCUGUCUGUUUCUCUUUGCCGCCGUCUUUGCCCUGUGGCGUGUUCGCUUGCUCUUUGCCCUCUCGCGAUGUGGUGUGACAACUCGAGUGACUCGCUACGCCGUUCUCUCGGCCGAAUGCGUCACACGGCCGCAUCGCCUCACCUCGUAGGGUUCAGGGUAUCAAACCCUGCACCCACAAACCCUGUCUGUGACCGAGGAGCCAUGGCACCCACAAACUCUGCCGCUGCUGGUGGUGCUAGCUCGUUGACCUCUCUCUGAUCUGUCCAUCUGAGCAUCGAACGAGGUGAGCAGCACACAGAUCUGUGAGCAGAAAUGCUCGAUGGACAUAAUCCUCUGUCUGUCGGCUCUGUCGCUCUGUGCAGCCUCUCGUCGAGCGCCUCACUCAUCUGACCGUCUUGGCCCAUCCAUCUCAGGGCUGAGAGAUGAUUCAGGCGUGGACGACGUCUUGCCUCUCGAGGAAUGGUGGGGGGGAUCAGCGAAGUGAGUUGAUGAAUCUGUGUGACGUCUUCCAGUCCGACGAGGACCAUUACGGCAAGGGGCUGAUGCUGAAGACCAACACUGACGAGCUCUAUGUGAUCACCGCCGCACACGUCGCCGUUGGCGCGACGAAGGUGAAGACCGACAUCGGCAACAAAGAGCAGGAAAUGGCCGUCAAGAUGGCGUGGAUGCACGAGGGCUACCUCGCUGAUGGACACCCAGAUCUCGCCCUACUAAGGAUUGAGCACAACGACAUCGUCCGCGCCGCACUCCGCGCCAAGCCACUUAUUGCAGCCGACAAUGUCAACCUCCGGCACGAGCUGUGUUCUGUCGACAAACAGCGGUUCUUCAAGGGCGAGAUCACGGAGAUCCGUUCAGAGGCGCCAUCGUGUGUGGCUACCGCGGCGGCAGCGGGUUCUACGGCUGGCGCAGUGGGCCCUACGGCUGGGGCACCGACUGCCGGGUCGGACCCCAGACGCAUGUUGUGGCUGCUGCUCUCGGGCAUCACGUCAAUGCCAGGCGACUCGGGAAGCCCUAUGGUGACUGCCGACGGAUAUCUCGGUGGUGUCGUCCACGGCGUGUCCCCACAGACAUCCAAGAGCAAACGGCACAUGAGCAGCACCACCAACUCUGUCACUGUCCGAGCUCACCACCCCCUCCUCUACAUCGCUCCCCUCGAUUCUCUCCGUUCGCCCAGCGAAAGUUUCGUCGCAGUCCCUCGUAAGGAGGACAACAAGCAUCUCUACGAGGCCCUGGAGCUGCUCGAGCUGAUGCCGCCCACCUUCUCCAUCAAGAAGAAUCCGAUGAUGACCAUUGCCGGCUACAAAACAAGCUACGUCACGCCGGCGGAGUCGCAGCUCCAGGAGGGGGAUGAGGCCGAUGAACCUUGGAUGAAGGCUCUCAACCGACUUGAGAUCCGCCUCAGCAAGCAGAUCAGCCGCGUGAGCGAGCAGAUCAACAGCAUGAGAGGGUAUGAGAAGGGCGAGAUGGCCACAGAAGCGAGCUUCAAGAGCCUGCGAGAGCACCUCAUGCAGCACUUCGACAUCGCCGAGGCGGACAUUGACUCGAUGACGGUCACGGAUCUCUUCAUGAAGCUCUUCAAUGAGCUCGAGAAGGACCCCUUUCCCGAGGUGCGCACACAGUCAACACACAUGUGCGCCCACCCGACACCGAGCCGCGACGCUUUCUGAGUGUUGUGAUGUGUUGUGCUGUGUCUUGUCUGUGUGUAGUGGGUGAUGCUACAGUUGCAGUUCUCGAAAGCUGCUCAUGUGCCCCCACCGAAGCUGCGGCACGGCGGCUGAUUGAGUGAGGUCGCUGGUUUAGCACGUCUUUGGCUGCAUCAGAGGGUCGCUGUUGGCAGCCACUGGAGCAUCAGACACGUUUCAGACCUAUCAGCUAGAAGCGCCACUGCGUUUGCGUUGUCCUUCACUUGUCGACUGAUGGCUUGAUGGUGAAGCCUGAAUGGUCUCUGGCAUUUCGUAUCUAUCGCAUGUCGAAAUACAC